AUGGCGAUGAUGAUGACUGGCCGUGUGCUGCUGGUGUGUGCCCUCUGCGUGCUGUGGUGCGGUGCGGUUUUUGGACACGCUGAGGGUUUGGCAGCUGUCGGUGGCAGCUCUGGUGGUGACAACAGUCCUGGAAGUGAAGGUGGCUCACGUGGAGGUCCUGAAGUAAAUUCCUCUUUGGAGCCUCUUUCUGUUGUUGGAGGUCCCAAAGGAAAUAUGAUGUCUUCGUUGGAAACUUCUCUCUCUGUUGGUAGUAUUCCUCCAAAUUCUCUUUCCGAAGAGGGUGAUGGUCUACAGUCCCUUGGCGAUACGCUCAAUUCUGAGGACGAGGUAUCUUCAGAUGUAAGUGGUCCGUCAGUACAAACAAAAACGCCUGGACAGUCCGAUUCGCCCAUCGUGAAGGCACCGGAGAAGUCAGAUCCCAAAAUAAAAACGCACAUCUCUGAUAAACAAGGAGAAGCAGGAAGUACAGAGGAUAAUGAGGAUGCAACAGAAAGCGAGAAAAGGCAUAGUGAGGUGGUGAAGAGAGACACCUCCAGCGCCCUCCAAUCACCGCCAACACCGCCAGUACCGGCGUACCCAGCAGAAGAAACCCCACUAGCACCAGCAAACUUACGGAAUGCAGUAGAAGAAAAGCGAAACACACCGCCGUCACAAACCAAAACGGAUCCCGAGGCACCAGAACCGUCUCUAGAGGAUGCUGAGGCAGAGAAACACGGUGAAGGAACAACCAAAUCCGAUUCGAUGAAGGAUGCAGCUAAAGGCCGUUCAGGAGAUUCAACACCAUCAUCCAUCUCUACAAGUGACAGCGUUGACGCCCAGAGGAAGGCGGAGGAGGAGGAUGACAAUGAGAUGGAAGCCCUCAAUCCCAAUGAAGCCUCUAUUUUACCUUUGGUGAACAAAAAUGGUCAAGGAAACGUGAUUCCAUCUUUUUCUGCUGAACAGCAGGAGCAAAAAGGACAGCCGUUGGGGAAAAGCGGUGCGGGCGGUGUACCCGCAUCACCACUGUCCACUGUAACGAGUUCCUCAGCAGGCAAGGAGUCCGUAAAGCAUUUGACACCAGGAACAUCUCCUGAUGGGCAUCAAAAUGUGGAUGGCGGUUCUACUGCUGAUGGCUACCAAACGGUGAGCACAGGAUAUGGAGAUAAAACGCAGGAGGAUGCACCACACAAAACUCCUACGGGAAACCUUGCCACAGCAGAUGCAAAUGGCCCUACAACUAUGGGCGUGGGGCAAGAUGGAACCACAGUGAAUACUGAGGUGGGUGCGAGCUCCGCUGAGGAUGAGGAGAAGGUGGCAGGAAAGAAUGUGCAGGAGGAAGAGGUCCAGCCACAGAACAGGGAUGUGAAUGGUGCGGCACUCAACAGCAGCCUCGGACAUUUGUCGCAGGGGAAUAACAGCGAUGCCGGCACUGUGCGUGGGAGCGGACUGCUGCUGCUGCUGCUGCUGCUCCUGUUGGGACUGUGGGGGUUUGCGACUCUGUGA